AGAUGACAAAAAAAACAACAACUGGUGCCUGAGAAAUUAAGGUGCAUUUUUAUUGAAAAGUGUACGUUGUACUCUAUAAUCACCUUUAUUUGGUAGGGAUGAGCCCAAAGUAACGCAUAAGGAUUUUACAGAGAAGACACCGGUUGCGACCUGAUGAAGGACAGAGCAGGCUGGCUGUGAGACUGCAGCACGGUGCGCAGUGACCGGCUGCAUCCACUGGGGGAGGACCGAGCUCCGCCUGCAUGCGCUGCGGUACAUGAACGACUUUCUCACUAAGACUCUCCAUCAUCACACACAAUGGGAGGGAUACAGGAGUAUAGGUAGGGCUACAGCGGCAGACAGACAGAUGUGUGAUGCUCAGACUCAACCAUGGGGCCAUUUACCCUCGCCUGUGCCAAUGUAAACUUUUACCCCCCCUCCUUAUUAUUCGCCGCUAUCGAGUGGAACUGUCUUUGAUGCCAACUCGCUGCUGGCACACCUGCUUUCGCUUUUUUCUUUUUUUUUUUUUCUCGUCUUGAUUGGUGUUGCCGGUACAACAGGAGCGAUGCAGCACCAACGGGAGCUGAAGUGCCAGUAGAUCCUGUUGAAUUGAGGCACGGCGUCGAGACGCAGCCAAAAAAAAAAAAGUGUCCUCCUCAGAGUGCGUCAGAGCACGGAUGUAUAUGCUGGAUGUAGAUGUGGAUAUGGUUGCCCGCCGGAUGCGACGAGGGAUUUGUGAUAUUACACCCCAAAACCAAGAAGAGGAUUUGAGCACAGACGGAGAGCUGCAUCCUCACCCAGCAUUCCUCCGCCUCCUCCUCUUCCAUCAGAUUUGUUUGUAGGGGGGACAGAGGCGAUUUAUUUUGGCCCCCCUUUUUAAAUCUGCUGAGCGCAUCGGAGGAACAAAGUCAUUCAGAUUCAUCGGAGCUCCAAAACAUAAGAGCUAAGAGCCAUAAAAAAAAAAAUCUCAUCUCAUAAAAAAUGGCAACCAUGGGCGACCACGGAGGAUCAAAAGACGCUUUUUCGGGCUGAGAAGUUAACCACCUGAUGGGCACCGGAGAAGCCGAAGAAAGACUGUUUGGGUGUCGCUUGUUGACUCGGUGAUUUAUCAUGCUGAGCAUAAAAGGGGCGCUGCAAGUUUGACACAGCAUCUGCGUAACAGGCUAUGCCACCGGCCCUGGUGUUGUUUGGUUAUGGUAAUGAUGUCAUAAAAUAUACACUGGGCGCAACAAGAUAUGCUCAUCAAUGUUUUUUUUUUUUUUUUAUCAUGUAAGUAGCAACGCGGACUCCAGCCAACAUGGACCUUACUGAGGUGUGUUUGUUAAUCUGACUUUCUAAACGAUUGAUGCCUCAGUCUCUCUGUGUCUGCGCGACAGAGCUGCAACUUUUAUCCUCUGGUCUGCAUCCGCCUUGACGAGGGCUCUGUAGCCUUCGCGGACCGAACCUUUACAAAAAUGGAGUUUGCCAUGGUGGGUGCGGACGGCGGGUGCAACAGUCACCUGCCGUAUGGAUAUGCCCAAGCCCGCGCGCGGGAGAGAGAGCGCGAGAGGGAGCGCCAGGCUGCCCAGUCGAGAGCGGCGGCGGCGGCGGCCGCGGCUGCAGCAGCCGACGGUGGCUCCGGUGCGGAGGGAGGCGCGGGGGGCCCCACCUCCGCCACCUCCUCGGGCGCUCAUCUCCUUAACAACCGCCAACAUCAGUCUCGCGCCGCCUCCUCCUCCGCCAACAUCAGCAGCAGCGGCGCCGCCUCGCGCCCCUCCUCCUCCUCCACCACCACCUCCUCCUCGCAGCAGGAGCCCGAACAGCAACAGCAGCACAGAGUUCUCAGAGAGCGGAAAAAGCAGCGCGGCGUCGGUCGGUGGAGGCGCAACCGGAGCACUCUCGGAGGGGACUUGCGCCACUCGGAGCUGGCGCUGCUCGGAUCCGAGGAGGACAUCAUGAUAGAGGAGGAAGAGGCCGAGGGAGCGGAGGAAGAGGAGGAGGAGGAGGAGGAGGAGGCGGAGGGGGGAGAGGCGGCGGAGGGCGGACGGGGGAGCAAGAGGUCGAGCUUUCGGUGCAACAUGGAUGAUGAGGAGGAGACCGUGUCUAUCACCGACAGGCGUCCCCAGUCCGGAUACGAGAACGUUUACAACGAGUGCGGCUGCUGUGAGAGGGUCGUCAUCAACGUGUCGGGGCUGAAGUUUGAAACUCAGCUGAAGACGCUCACUCAGUUCCCGGACACCCUUCUGGGAGACCCCGACAAGCGAAUCAGGUACUUUGACCCGUUGAGGAAUGAAUACUUCUUCGACAGGAACCGGCCGAGUUUUGACGCCAUUCUUUACUAUUACCAGUCAGGAGGGCGGUUAAAAAGACCUGUCAACGUCCCGUUUGACAUAUUUUCCGAGGAGGUAAAGUUUUAUGAACUCGGCGAGGAGGCGAUACUGAAGUUUCGGGAGGAUGAGGGCUUUGUGAAGGAGGAGGAGAAACCUCUGCCGGAGGACGAGUUCAAGCGCCAGAUUUGGCUCCUUUUUGAGUAUCCAGAGAGUUCGAGUCCUGCCAGGGGCAUAGCGGUGGUGUCUGUCCUGGUCAUAGUCAUUUCUAUUGUCAUUUUCUGUCUGGAAACGCUGCCCGAGUUCAGGGAUGAAAAAGAGUAUCUGCAGCCACGCCAGAACUCCUCUCAGCCUGACCACGGAUUUACACCUUUCAACGACCCGUUUUUCAUCGUGGAGACGGUCUGCAUCAUCUGGUUCUCCUUUGAGAUUAUAGUUCGAUUUUUUGCGAGUCCAAGCAAGACAGCUUUCUUUAAAAACAUAAUGAACUCUAUAGAUAUCGUGUCCAUUUUGCCUUACUUCAUAACCCUCGGCACGGACCUGGCGCAGCACCAGGGCAACGGGCAGCAGGCGAUGAGCUUCGCCAUUCUGAGAAUAAUCCGCCUGGUCAGGGUGUUCCGCAUCUUCAAACUAUCCAGACACUCCAAGGGGCUGCAGAUCCUGGGGCAUACCUUGCGCGCCAGCAUGCGGGAGCUGGCCCUCCUCAUUUUUUUCCUGGUAAUAGGCGUCAUCCUGUUCUCCAGCGCGGUGUACUUCGCCGAGGCGGACGAGCCCACCUCGCAGUUCACGAGCAUCCCCGACGCUUUCUGGUGGGCCGUGGUUACCAUGACCACGGUGGGCUACGGCGACAUGAAGCCAAUCACUGUCGGUGGGAAGAUAGUGGGCUCCCUUUGCGCGAUCGCGGGCGUAUUGACCAUCGCGCUCCCGGUGCCCGUUAUAGUGUCCAACUUUAACUACUUUUAUCACCGGGAGACGGACAACGAGGACCAGUCGCCCGUGGUGGAGAGCAUGCCGCCGGGCUGCCCGUACUUCCCGGACUUUCUUAGGAAGUUCAAAGGCUCGCCGUCUGGCUCCUCGCUGGGUGACAAAGGGGAGUACAUGGAGAUGGAGGAGGGGGUGACGGAGUCGCUCUGCGGGUUGGACAAAAGCCCCAGUAAAGGAAAUGGCACAGACAUAAGCAGAAAAAACAGUACUAACUCGAAAUCAAUUCAGACUGACGUGUGACUAAGAGUUUUAUUUUAUUAUUUUCUAAACAAGAUACACAUCCGAUUAAAGACUUUUUCUGGCCAGCAGCAGCUGAAUCAUACCCCCCAAUAGGCCUAUAUACGUUUUACGCUCGCCUCAGAGACCCCUCACACACACACACACACACACACACGCACACACAUUCACAAUCAUAGGCCACCAAUUGGCACCUUAAUGGCAUCCAUGCCUAAAUUUGCCUGAUAGACACAGAUUUAUCCGUUUAUCCAGUGUGGGCUUCCAAAUCUGACAUGGAAUCUGAAUCAGACAACAGGCUAUGCAUUCGCACUUUAUGACUUUCAUCUGUCACAUCACAGGGGUAGGGACAGUCGUUUUUGCUGUUAUGCAAUAAAGUUAAAAUUUGUUUGCACUAUAAGUAGAAUUUGCGCUGGGUUAGAGACAGUAACUGUAGGACAUUCAGAUGGUCAUCCUCUGCUCACCUGGAUACAGAAUGUAUGAGUAGAGAAAAGGAGAAACUAUUUCACUUAGUCUGCCAGAAAACAAAAAUAUAAAACUGAGCUCUAUUCACAUAAAAGACGCCUAAGAGAGAAUACUUUUAUCUUUGUUCAUUUAAAAUACUCAAACAAAAAUGAUCUACACAUUGAUGAGAUAUGUCAUAACGUAGGCAUUAAAUAAACCAGGGCUAUAUUGAAAUAAGCUUUUCCAUAAGAGGCCAAAAAUAAUAAUAAUAAAAAAAGACCCACAAUGAGAGCUAAGCACAGGUGUCAUUGUUUAAAAUGGCUGGAGAAGUCACCCAGCCCAGGUUUUCUAUGAACACUCUUAAAGCCUCGGCUGCAACAUUUUUUUUUUCAUUAAAAGCACCUCAAAAUGACAAUAUCCCUUUACAAAGAUGAAUAUGGAAAGUUACAGCGUAAAAGACUCUGACGUGGAAACUCUUUAUAAGGAGAGAUUAUGAGCAAUUUUCUCGCCUUUCUGCUGGACUCAGUGCACAAAAAGGUAUAUAUAUAUAUUUAUAUAUACCCAUAUAUUUUUUUUUUUUGCUCAAGAGGACUUUUGAUUAUCUCCGAGCACAGAAGAUAAUCAGGAUGUGGAUGUCUUCCAAGCGCUGCCAGUUACAGAAAGAGGGAAUAUCCCCCACGUCUCUGGAGAGUGCAGACAACAAGCAAAACAUUGUGACCAGUAACUUCAAGCACUAGCGGACACUGAAAAAAGCAACAACCGGACGGGACCUCGAACAAAUUCUGAGAAGCAGGGACGAAAGCUGCUGUAAUCUGUCAGUAAACAAACCCUCAAAGGGUUGAGACCGGACUUGGAAAAAAGAGUAAGUCGUGGCCCCAAAUGAUUGCCUUAAUUACACAUAUAUAAAUGUAUGGAGUGAUGAUACUAAGAGACUUAUAAAAUUUAAAGAUGUUUUCUUUUGAUGUGAAAAAGUGUCUUGUAAGGAACAGAUGUGAAUAUUUUACUAUGAUAGAGAUGUUCGGUUGUAAUGUCGACAUUACGUUUUAGCUGGGUCAGCUUUGUAGCCAUCAUAGGUUCUUAAACAGUAUGUUGGCUGUCUGCUCUUACGCAGCCAGCACAAAUUUAUUUUUCUUGUUUCAUAUUGUCAACAGAACAAGGCUGGCCUGAGUUGCUGGCAACAAAAAUCUUGAUUUAUAUUCAUAACACAAGAAAAUCCUCAUUUAGAAGAUGUUUAAAGUUAUGGGAGAGCACGCAGCACACUGAAAUACAUCGGAAGAGUAUCUUCUUUCAUCAAGAUCCACUUACACUAAAGCAAAGAUGUCAGUCACAUAAACACCUGUCAUAAAUAUCUGCCACAUUCACUUUCUAUCAGGGUGAAAUGGCAGACGAAACUCGGCGAGCUUUCACCUUCCGGUUUAUUGAUGAGAUAAAAUACUUUACUCUUUUUCCUUUUUUUUUUUUUUUCUAAGAUUCAAAUUUAGAGCUGACCAGCUGCUUUGCUGAUAUGUUUCACUCUGAAUUUACUGUAUGCAAAAGUAACAUGAACAUGUGUUCUAUAUUUUUUUAAACCUAGCCUUGAUAAUUACAUAACCAAAGGUGAAACCCUGAAUUUAUUGUAUGUUGUGGACUUCUGAAAAACGUUGUGAUAUAGAUGCACUCCGAACAGGAGAGGGAUUUAAAAAGAAAAUGUAAAUAUCAGACGUUUAUACAUGUGUGUCCGAAGAUGUGUUGCAGGUACAGUAAUUUGAGACUUUUUUUUUUUUACACUUUCUUUGACUGUUAUGACCAUCAAGUAUCAGUUUGGUUUGUUGAAAGCAUGAUAAAAUCACAUUACUCAUGUUGUUACUAAUGCUGCUCAAACAUUCUUCAUUGCUGUUGAUUUUUUUUCUUGCAUUUUAGAUUUUGUUUUAUUUUGUAGUUUGCCGAUCAUUGUGCAGCUUUGUCUGAAAACCAUUGGACUUAGUUACAUCUCUUAGACCUGCAAUGUUGCCUGUGAAUGAAAUGAGUAGAAAAGUCAGCUGCCCUUCCAGUAGUAGAGUAAGUAAUAGCUCAUAUUUCUUUUUAUAAAGACAGUGUUUUAUUUCUUUAUAUUUUCCUUUUCCACACCGUGUUAGUUACCCUGGCACUUAAAAGCUUGAAUUUAGACUUCUUAAACUUAGUGUUUCCUAAAGAAAAUCCAAAGUUCACAUUCCUGCUCUUUCUGAGAAUUUGUAUUUGUACUUGCCUCUUAAAUUGUAUCCCUCAGAAAAAAAGAAAAAAUGUUUACUGAAUGUUCCAAAUAUUUCCUUAGUGUCAAGAAGCUUGUAACCAAGAAAUAGUUUUAAAAUAAAUGUUAGGUAGUUUACAAAGGAAAUCAUUAUGGAGAAGAUGUAUAUUGAGAAGACACAGCCAAUUAUUUUAUUGUCUUUUUGUUAAUAAAAAUAUUUUUUUUAACCAAGACCCUAGGUUUUAUUCAAUGAAGAGAAAAUGGAUUACUUCUCUAAAAUACAAAUGACAUAGAAAAUAAACAUGAAAACAGCAAGAGAUUGUAGCGUACAAUAUUGAGAAUUUUCUUCUACUGAAAAUAAAAAAUGUAACAUUGGUCCAGGUAUAGUUAAUAAAAAGUGAGCAACACAAAAUGUCAUCAGAAACAUUUUGUGUCAUAAAUAUCUGACAUGAAACAUUAGGGUUCUGGUGUUUGGCACUGUUUGCUUCUGCCAUUGUUUACGUCUGGAUUUAACGCCUCUGAUAAUAUAUUUACCUGUCAGAUUAUUAUUGUUGAUUGGUACAUCAUCACAACAGUAAUGCAGAGGCUCUACUACAGGUUUAGUCUAUUAUGGUCACUUCAGAUUAAACUGUAUUUUGGCUAAACAAAAUAAGUCAAAGUUGCAAAUUGUGAGACAAAACGGACAGUUUAAUCUGAAUCAGCAACAAAAGAACCAAAAUGAUGUCAUGAUCAUUUCAAAAUUUAAGCUUUUUAAAAGUUGACAUUUUAAGAUAAAUAUGUCCCUCAGUUUGUGUACAACCUGUGGAAAGUUAUGAUGCAAAAUCAACUUAUUUCCUUCAACAAAAGGAAAAUGAUCUGCCCUGUAAAAAGGCACUAGGCCGACAUUGUUCUAUAUGAAGAUGAUGAAAUUGAGAUAUGAACAAUUUCCAGUUUUGGAUAGAAAGUGUAAUUUGUUCAGUCUAACUAUGCUAAUGUAUAACAUUAUUUUUUAUUAGUGUUUGGGAAUUUAAAAACAUUUACCAACUGAUGAUUUGAUUCAUUUGAAAUGUUUUAUUCCUCCUCAAGUAAAACUUUAGUAAAAAAUAUUGACAAUAUUUUUUACCAUAAAUGUAAUAUUUGAAAAAUCACUUAUGUUUACGUUCAUUUUAUGUUCCCCAUUGGGAAUUCUCUGAACUUCAGCUCCAAAUUGCAGAUGAGAAGCUGAUUUUGAGGGGCCAUUUAGCCAGUUUUGUAUUCCCCAUGCAGGAGUGUGGAGCACAAACCGCAGCUUCAGCCUUGCGGAGAGGAACAUACCUACUUUAAUAUGGCUGAGAAAUAUUGCACAUAGUUUUAUUUAAAAGAAAUGAGCACCUAAUAUUUGACUUGUAGAACAAAAUCACAAUCAGGGUCGAAUUAUAUUUUACAGGCGGUCGUUAGAGGUGUGAUACAGCCAAGCUGUUUCUAAAAAGCUAAUAUUUGAGUCAAAGCACCUCAUUAAAAGUUCAACCACAUCCUGUCUACAGGACAUAUCAGAAAAAGAAUUAUCCAACUCACGCAUUUCUCUUUUUUUUUGAAUGACAACAUAAACAGGGUGUAAAAAUAUGUUCAGAAUUGAUUUUGUCCAACUGAUCUUGUCAUAUUAUGCAUCUCCAGCGUGAGCUGUGUGACACCAGUAUUGGCUCCCUAAAUCCCAUCAGCUCCGGUCGAGGAGCAGGACAUUACCUGAGGAUUGAAAUCUGAACAUUUGCUCCCCAGGUGCUUAGAGACCUUAAACGAUGAUAUCACACCAACACUAAACUGUGCCUGGGAGGUACCUACUUAACACAUCUUAAGGUACAAAUGAUUCAGCUACAGCUUGAUAUAGCCACAAGGGUAACAUGCCCACAGGUUAGGAGAUUCAACAAGAACAUGACCAGCCUGGGAAUUGAUCCUCCAGUCAAGCGGAACAAACAAUCUGGAUAGCCUCUAACCGAUUUCCUUUAUCUGUGAAUUAAAAUAAUUUAUCAGGCUGUGGGGCUGCAGCGGCGCUGAUGCAUGGCUCACUUACACCUGCUUUAAUAAGCGGUAGGGUUGUAACAAAGAGAGGAUUCAUGCUAAGUCAUGCAAAGGAGACAGAGCAUCCCAAGGGCUGAUGGUGACUUUGGGCUGCAGGGAGCAAAAAGCAUAGACGCUAAAUUAAAAGGAGAUAUUUAUCCAGAACAUCUCAUGAGUGGAAGAUGAAUAUGAUUUUGUAUGUCAGUGCUGCUAAAUCAUCAGCAUAAUUAAUGAUAAGUGGUGUGACUGAGCAAAUAAUCCAAUAAGGUGUGAAGGUUGAGAUGUAAACAUCUUAAAUCAGAAAGACCAUCAGAUAUUAACUUAAUAGAUUUAAAUUAAUAAGUUAAAUACACAAAAAAACACCUUGUUGAUGAUUGGUUUAACAAUCAGUUAAGUGUUUUUUCUGUUGAAUAAAGUUUUUAUAUUUUCCUUGAGAAAAUGUAUAGGAUCCCAGAGUGUUAUUUAAAUAUUUAAUUGUGACAGUCCUAAACUGUCAACAAAUAAAAUAAAAAUGAUCCCAAAUGAUCAAAAGGAAAUCAUGAACAUUUUAUGUUUUUGCCAGAAAUUUAAAUAUGCACUGUAUAAUGCGAUAAGGUUUUAUUUUGUCUUAAAUAAACUGACCAAAUGGGAUAUGUUUUCGUUUUACACAGCCAACUCUGCAACCUUCUCUAAAACGCCUUACUAUUGACAUUCUCUGCAGCAGAUAGACUGCAUGAACUGAAAGUACUGCAUUAGUCUGAGUAUAAAAGCUAAUGUAACAGCCUCAGAGAAAUGUUGUCUUGACAUCAGAAUAAAAUCACACCUGCCUGGAAAGUCUUCUGAAAUGCAAAAUGGGGACACAAGUUGAAUUUGUAAUGAAGUACAACACUGUUUGAUUGGAAACCUUUCAGAUUGCUUUUAAACAAUUUAUCUCCUGCAGAGCAGAGUCACUGCUGCAAACACUCUCCAGAGGCUGGAUGCAUGCAUUUAAUCUAUCUGAAUUCAUAUAAAAAAAAGCUAUUUAUUAGUUUACUAAAAAUACAUGCUAAUGAAGGAGCUUACUGCUAAAGCAUCAGUCCAGUAAAACCUUCUGUGACAUGUUUGAAGCUCUGUGGAGAAAGUAGUUGACUUUUUCCACAGAGUGCAAUAUUUUUAUGAAAUAAGGAACACAGGAUUGAAACGGUGAACUAAUGUGUGGUUUGAAAACAAAAGCAGUAAUGAAAACAGAAGCAUAUCUUAUCACAGCACCUGUCCUCAGCCCUUUGAGUCUGCUUAGCUUUGGUGUGUGUACUGAAGCUAAUGUGAUAUAAAUGAAUUACACUGGCCUCCCUAUGUCAAGCUUUGAGAUUUCCCUCUUACAAAAAAUGAUGAACCAAGUGGGUUUGUCCCCGUGGACGGGAAUAAAGCAACAUAAACCGCAGCUAGAGUUACUGAGCCAUUGGUCUAAGAAAAGCGAGAAAUAUCAACUGCUUGCUGACUUAGAAAAUCGUGGGGGUUUUUUGGCUGUAAACUGAGUUUCUUUAAUUGUGGGUCAAAUAAAAAACAGCUGGAAUACAUUGACUUUAGCAGUUAGGGUGAUCAAAUUUACAAAUCUUUUCAAAAUUUGAAAUAUCUUGAGAGACGGCACAAAUAACAGUGGCACCUUGAAGCACUACUAAACUGAAACAAGUUGCAAUUAUAUUGCAGUUUGUUCAAAGGCCUUUUAAUAGUAUUCUUAAUUCUUGAACUUUUUCAGAUGUUACAUUACAAUCACAAACAUGGUUUUAGGUUUGUAACGGUACAUCUAGAAAGUAUUCCCACUGCUUCACUUUUUCCAUAUUUUGUUAUGCUGCUGCCUUAUUCCAUAUUGUAUUACAAUGAUCUCUUUUCUUAAAAUUAUCUACACAAAUAUCCCACUAUGAUAAUGUGGAAAAUAAGUUUUGAGAUUUUUGCAAAUUUUGUAAUAGUAGAAAACCAAGAAAUCACAUUUAUGUAAGAAUUCAGUGCCUUAUGAUGUUAUCACAGCUUAAAUGGAGUCCAACUGUGGUAAAUUUAGUUGAUUGGACUUGAUUUGGAAAGGUACACACCUGUCUAUAUGAGGUGUGUACCUUAUGUAGACAGUGCUGGUCAGAGGUCAAACAUGAAAUAUGAAAUCAAAGGAUUGUCUUGAGGCACAGAAAGAUUGUGAGAAGGGCCUUAGUCAAAGAGGUGAAUGUUAAACAUCUCUGGAUGAUGUUUUUCUGAAAAUGACUGACUGACUCCUUCCAUCCAACCUGAUGGAUCUUUAGAAGAGCUGAAAAAGAAGAAAGCCAAAUUGACUAUAAAGACUGUUGUGCCGAGUUUGUGUCAUUGCUGCCAAAAAUGACAGAAAGACUGAAUACUUAUGUAAAUAUAUCUAUUUUUUUUUCUAUUUCUAACAUUUGCAAAUACCUCCAAAGCUUUUUUCCAUUUGUGUGUAGAAUUUUGAGGAAAGAAAUUCAUUUAUUACAAUUUAGAACAAAGCUGAAACAAAACGUGGAAAAAGUGAAAUGCUGCUGUGAAUACUUUCUGGGUAUUCUGUAACCGAAAUUCUGUGGAAUUAGGUGGAAAAUGUCUGUGCACAUCAAUUUUCAAGUCUUUUCCUAAAUUAUGUAGGUCUGGAGUUUGACUGGGAAAUGGUAACAUGAAUAUACUUGGAUCUUGUCCAUUUUAGGUCUGGCUAAAUGUUUAGAGUCAUCUUGUUAACAAGUGAAGCCCCAUCUAAGUCUUCUGCAGCCUUUAACUUUCUGGGACUGGCCUGUAUUUGUGUCUCACAUCAACUCUUACCAGCUUCCCUGUUCUUGCUAUAGAAACAGCAGGAACAAUAACAUGAUGGUGUCAGCACCAGUGCUGACGAUUUUUCAGCAAUGGUGAAAAAUGGUCGACUUAUAAGUUAACUUAUAAGUUUCCCUUUUUGGGAAACGUAUAAGUUGCUAUGAUAGAAAGUUAAUUGUUUCCAAAUCUGGCAUGCUUUUUGAACCAAUUAACUUCCAUCAAUUGAGAUCUUUUCAGAUUUUAUUAGUUAAAAAAACAAAACAAGCAAUGGAAAACCAGAUCCGUUUCCUUCCACUUGACAAUUGUGAAAAAGUUCAAGGAAUUUGAAAACUUUAUACUCACUAUACUUUUUACAAAACAAAAAAUCUCUUCUAUGAUUUAAUUUACAUGCAUUCAGCUUUUUUCUCUAGCUGUAAAAUUAGUUUUUGUGCACAUGUGCUGUUGAAGCUGUAGCAGAUGUUGCCUUCAUUUAAUUGCAUUUGUCUAUUAGCAUGGUUUAUCAUUUACAGACAGAGCUUAAUGAAGGAGGGCCGGUGUGUGUAAAUGGUAGAAAGUUGCACACAUAGUAAACACAAUUGAACAAUGUAUAUUUUUACUUUUUAAUCCGAAAAGAAAAAAAAAGUGGGACAAGCAAACCAAUAAUCAUCACUUUUCUAUGCAAACUAGUGCAGUUUGGUCAGCCAAGGCUACAAUCAUAUUUGCAUUAUGAUUGAAAUCCAGCAUAUCUAUCGUCAUUAACAAUGAUUCUCACGGUCGUUUUGAAUGCCCAGAAGUAAACAGUUCUUUAAGAGAUUGCUGCAGAUGGUCUGUGAUGGAAAUUAUAUCAGUUUGUGGGACAGUAAAGGUGGUGGGUGCAUUUACUUUCAAUGUUCCUACUUCACCUGUGUGUGCGCCUAAUAAUCAAACUGUUCAUUUGCCACCAUCACUCAUAAAAAAUACCAUCAAUCAGCAACAGAAAAACAACAAAAUGAGUAUUAAUGAACUUGUAAAAUGCUUCUGCGGUUCAGGUGUUGAGAAUUAUCCACGUGCGUUUUGCCCAGCCUUGCUUUUAUUCUGCAUGAUGCUUUGUUUUGAGAAAUAUGCAUUCUAACCCAAGGUAUGUUUGUAUUCUUUUCCAACGAGGGUGCUCCUCUUCUUCCCUUUCUCUGUAUCUCUGGAGCUCGUCACUUCUGACCUUAAUUCUCCUGUUCCGUUUCCUUCAUUUUGUUUUACUUUGUUAUUUUUUUGGCGGGGUAAACCUUCCAACUUCUGGAUUUUCUACAUUCAUAACAUUUUGUAGACAGCAAUAUGAGAUGUGAUUGAAAAUGGAAUAUGUGCAAUGUUGAUUAAAGAAAAAUAUAAUAUAUUCAAUAAAAAUUCAGAAAAUAAAA